ACCUAUCAUUAGCGGUUCCGAUCACAAACUCGCUAACAUUCAUAUUCACGACCAUUGCGGCUAGUUUGCUCGGUGAGGAAAUUGGAAAUCGAGAAAUGUGGAUCGGAAUGGGAUUAGUGGUAUUCGGAGUUGGUCUAUGUGUUAGCAGUAAGAUGUGA